AUAUUUAUAUGUGAAGUAGAUAAAUUUAAUAUCUGAAAUGGCUAAAGAUCGUGGUGAAGCUGAUGCAAAAGUAACAUAUGAAGACCAGAAAAAAAUCAAUCUAUUUGCUAGGAAAAAUGCACGAUUCGUUGAUCUCAAAGAAGAAAUUGAAGCCAAGAAAAAAGAGCUGCAGAAUCUUGAAGAUGCAUCGGAUGACUUAAUGCUUUUAGAUGAAGAUGAAGCAGGGCCUGUGCCAUAUUUAAUUGGGGAAGUGUUUGUCAAUCAUUCAAUGGAUAAAACACAAGAACUUAUCGAAAAUGCAAAAGAAAAUAUUCAAGCUGAAAUCAAGAAACUUGAAACAACUAGUUCAGAAAUCAAAUCGGUUAUGGAUGAUCUAAAAGUAAAACUUUAUGCAAAAUUUGGAGAUCAAAUUAAUUUAGAGCCUGAUGAUGAAUAAGUUAAUAGUAAAUUAACAGUAAUAGAAUAUAACAUGCAUGCUAGUAGUAUAUUUAUUGUAAGGACUUCUGUUGUGCAGGGAAAGCUUGACAAUGAGAAAUUAUCAAAUGAUUGGAAUAAGUAAUCAAUUCUGUGAAGUUUUGUCGUAUUUCUGGAAUAUUAGAAUGCAAUGAGUGUUUUCAAUUAAUUAUUUUCGCCUAUUUAAUGUUGCUGCUGAAUAUGAACUACCGGUAUGUUUUCAAUGAUGCACAGGACAGGACUUAUAAUUUAAAGUACACUAUUCCAUUAUUAAGUGUAUAAUUCAUUACUUUGUUAUCAGUGUCUCAGUGACUUUCUGAAGUAUUUUUAAACAAAUAAUUCAGGCAGAUUAAAAUGUUCAAUUUAUCUGGUGUAUCGACUGUAGUAAUGCAUGAAGACUUCUUCAUCAAUGUAUAUCUAAAGCAAUAUUUUCAAGUUUUUCUGGAAUUCUGUUCAUGCUUAAAUAUUGGCCAUUAUGUUUCCAUUAUGGGAAUUUCUCUACUCAUGCAUUACAAUUGUACACAUUUUUAG